UUGAGAGUGACAUUUAAAGAUAUUAAACUCAAGAGUCUGAACUUAAGUGGAUGUAUCAAAAAUUAAUUUUUUAUUUGUUAAUUUGUUCAUGCAAGAGUAAAGUUUAUUGCUUUUUUAAUUAAAAAAUUCAAAAUGGUUAACAAGGAAUCCCUUGAAAAAGAUAUAAAUGAAAAAAAGAGGCGGAAAACCAGCUCUGAUGUUGGAACAUCUAAACAAUCAAAAGAAGAAGUAUAUGAGAGUAUCAUAAGACAUGAGGAGGAGGAGGCUAAAACCAGAGCAGCAAAAGAGGACAUGGCGCUCUUUCAUCAAACUUGUGGAGAGCUGAAAACGAUAUUUGAUGAAAUUGCUACAUUAAAAAAGGAUAAUUCAGAGAAGGCAAAAUCAGAAAUUCUCGAAAAACGUAUUCAAGGAUCAUUAAUUUUUGUUCUUCUUAAGAAACUUAAUCGUUUGGAUAAAAUACGUUUGCGUUCAGGACGAGAUGCAUUACAUAAAGAAAAAUUAAGGGUUGAUAGUAAUCGUCUCCAGUUACAAAAUUUGUUAUAUGAACUAAAUCAUUUAAAAAGGGAAGUUGAACACUGCUAUCAAUUCAAAAGUCAAGAUGAAGAAAUUGAAUUAGUAUCUGAAGAAGAAUUUUAUGCUACUGCUCCAGAAAUAGUAAGUCGGCCAGAUAAAACAAAGAGUGAUGAACAUUCUAAAAGAUUAGCUCGGUUGGAAUGGGAGUUACAACAACGAAAAGAACUGUCGGCUCUUGUUAAAGAAUUAACUGUGUCUAAGGAAAGUGUUUCUAAGGAUAUAAGUUUGAAAGUUGAAAGGUUAAAUUCAUUGGCUCCAUGUCUAGAAGCCCUUUUAAUAGCUACGAGACCAUUACAAACAGCAUUAGACAUGGAAAUUGAAAAAGAAUGGGAGGUUCAACAAUCAGUUCGAUUACUGCCACGUCCCCUUUAUUUAGUUUAUGUUAAUUUAUCUGCUUAUGGUGAGGCCUGCGACAAGUAUUUAAAAGUUUCAAUUGCUGAAGAUGAAGAAGAAAUGAGACAGAUAGAGGAUGAAGAUAAAAUUUCAGAUUUAAUGGAUGAAACUUUAAAUGAUGAUAAUCAAGAGUCCGAUGGAGAUGAAAAUGAAAUUUCUGAAAAUAUACCUCGGAAAAAGUAUCAUAAAAGGAAAAGUACUGUAGACUCUAAAGAAGUAAAGCGAAAAAAUCUUUUUAAAGCACAUCCAUUACGGGUUGUAAUUUCAUUUGAAAAGAGAGGUAGCAAAGAACAGCUUACUUUAACAUUGCAUUAUUUUGAAAAUCUUAAUCUUAUCACAUUGUCUACAAAAGUUGAAAUAGAAAACUUGACUUCGGCAGCAGGGGCUGUGGUAUCAGCAGAAAACGUGUUAAACAAUUUGUACGCAAAUGACCGUGGUGAAUGUAGUCCAAAUCCUAAGACAAAGUAUCAAUUACGUGAGUUUGAAAUGACAGAAAAGCAUCUUUUAGAAUAUUUUAACGAAAAAGAUUACGGAAAGCCAUUCAAGUGGGUUCAACGUUUAUGUGGUCUAAAUUUUCCAGCUUCAGAUGAACAAGAAUCAACUUCAUCGGCUGAUUUCAAUGAAGACAAAUCAGUUGAAUGGGCUCAAAAUUCAGUUCCUGCAAUUGUUAAAACUAUUCGUUCCCGUUGGCUAUCGCGCUUAAACCUAUACCAGCAGAUUCAAGCCUUGGAAAACAAAAAUAUUGAGCCUGUAGAUUCAACUUCUAUGGAUGUUGAUGAAGAUAAUUGUUCAACAUUAAGAAUAUCUUCAUCUUUAGUGCAAUGGACUAAUCUAUCAUGGUUGGAAUAUUCAUCUGACUCUUCUACACAACAAUUUGUUGAAUUUAAUGUUGUGUCAGAGCAUGAUAUGUUUUAUCGCGCCAUAAUUACAAGAAAUUCUGCAAAAUUAGAGUGCUUGAUAAGCAUACCCAGUGGUUUUCCAAAUAAAUACCCCAUUUGGUCACUUUGCCUGUUUUGGAAUGGCAAACAUAAUUCGCAAACGAAUCAAGCUAUAAGAGAAAUGGAAAUGUGGACGAAUUCUAUCGAAAUAAAUUCUGUGCAUAAGAAAAAUAUUUUAUCUGCUCAAUUAAAACGAACAAUGACUAGUUUAGAUAUAUUUUUGGAGACUGAAGGUCCAUUGUACAGCCCGGCUGAAUUUGUUCAAGAUAAAACGUUUUUGCAACCAUUCCGAGGCAGAACUCGUUCACGCCCUUUCAAAAGUGUGCAAAUUGGUAGUAAUACGGUAUUCAAGCAAAUUGAGAAGCUUUGAAGAAAUGUAAUUAAAUAACGCAAAAGAAUUAAAUAUUUUUAAUUUUUUUAAAUUUUAAAAUAGAAGUGUUAUUUUAGUUGUAAUCUUAAGAUAAAAUAAAAUUCUUAUCUAUUAA